AUGGGUACAUUUACUUUUGAAAGUUCUGGUGAUUAUGAGUGGGCGAUAGGAAUGACCAAAUUAGGAUUAAAAGUUUGUGGUGUUUGGCCUGAUUUACAACGCGCAAAAUGGCUGCGAGUAUUAAUCAGCUUACGAGUGACUAUAGCGACCCUUAUAGUUGUAAUAUUCACACUUAUACCAGGAUUAAUAGCAUUAACAAGAGUUUGGGGUAAUAUGACCUUGAUUAUAGAUAAUUUGAUAAUUACUUUACCUUUUUUCACGGCAGUCUUUAAACUCAAUGUACUGUGGUACAAAGAAAGAGAUCUUCAAACACUUUUUAAUAAAAUAAACGAAGACUGGUCAAUUCCCAGGAAUACAUUGGAACAUAGUUUAAUGAUAAAAAAUGCUACAGUCGCUCGAAAUGUAACAUUAUUUGCCUACAUAUUAGUAAUAUGGGUAAUAUUAAUACACCAUUUACCACUUUGGAUUGGUGGGAUUGUACCACGUACACCAACGAAUAUUACUGAUGGCAAUAGAGCUCUUGUUAUGCAAACAAUAUAUUUUUAUGACGUAACUGAAUCGCCAAUUUUUGAAUUAACUGGAAUGUUUCAAUUCAUGUCAAGUUUAGUCGCCGGAAGUGCUUAUACAACAAUCGAUUGUGUUUUUGGUACUUUAAUUUUACACGUCAGUGGACAGUUGCAAGUUCUUGAAUUACGAGUUAAUAAUUUAUGUAACAGCUAUAAUAAAAAAACCAAUUAUGUCGAUAAGACGUCUUUUCAAAAAGACCUCAAUACAACGGCCAAAGUUCAUCAACGAUUAAUUGAUUUUGUAGAAAAAAUGGAAGAUAUAUUUAGUAUGAUGUUACUUGAACAGUUUACAGCAUUCGCUAUUAUUUUUGCUACUGAAGGGUUUAAUAUUAUAUCCAUUUUUGCUGGUGAUGUAGAAGGAUCAUUUUCAACAAUGAGUUUUUCAAUAUCGUAUUUUAUUUACGCACUAUUUCUUAUUUUUUUAUAUUCAGCUGCUGGAGAAUUUUUGAGCGAAAAUAGCACAAAAAUUUAUCACGCAGCUUAUAAUUGUGAGUGGGUUAAUUUAGAAAAAAGAGAUAUGUAUCAAAUAGUAAUGAUUAUUAACCGAGCACAGAAACCAUUAGUAGUGACGGCGGGAAAAUUUGCCCCAAUUUCAUUGAGUACAUUUGCCAGUCUUAUUAAAACGUCAGCUGGAUAUAUGUCUGUUUUGUUGGCAGUAAGAACUUGAGUUUAUUCAAAACAUAAUAU